ACCAACAACACAGAAACGUGUGUUUUGGUGCUGUGCGUGCUUUAUUUUAUUACAUUUUUCACCAAAAACGCGAAGGUGGAAUUUGAAAACAGUACUCUUUCACUUACUAAACAGCUGCACAACACAAUUUAGCGAAUAUGCGACGUCCAAACAAGUACGAGUCCGGUGAGGCUACCCAGUACAUUAGCCGUCGUACGGCUAUACGAAGGCUGCAGAUAUCGCUGAAUGACUUUCGCCGCCUGUGCAUUCUCAAGGGCGUCUAUCCGCGCGAACCGAAACACAGGCGUCGCGCACAGAAAGGCUCGUCGGAGAUAAAAAUUCUGUAUCAUGCGAAGGACAUACGCUUCCUCCUGCACGAGCCCAUUGUGUGGACGCUGCGUGAUUACAAGAUCUUUGCCAAGAAAACGGGCCGCGACCGCGCCAUCAAGGAUUUCCGCAACUUAAAACGCCGCCUAGCCUUGUAUCCAGAAAUUAAGCUCGAUCACAUAGUGAAGGAGCGGUAUCCAACGUUUAUAGAUGCGCUCAAGGAUCUGGACGAUUGUCUGACGCUGCUCUUCCUCUUCAGCACCUUCCCUUCGCUGCAUUUGAUACCGCGGGAGCAGUCCAAUCUCUGCCGACGACUGACCAUUGAGUUCCUGCACUAUCUGAUUGCCUCAAAGUCGCUGCGCAAGGUCUUCAUUUCCAUCAAGGGCUACUAUUUCCAAGCCGAGAUAAAGGGCCAGAAGGUCACUUGGAUUGUGCCGCACUACUAUCCCUUUAAGCCACAGUCGAAGCAUGAAGUUGACUUCAAAGUCAUGUCGAUAUUCGUUGAAUUCUAUACGAUUAUGCUCGGAUUUGUCAAUUUCCGUCUCUAUCAUGGCCUCAACAUGGCCUAUCCACCACAGUUUCCCAGCAGCGUGCUGCAGGACAACCCAGAGACUUUAAAAGAUGAGUCUACAUUCGUUUCGGAUCGCAUAGCUGCGCUGAAUUUCGAGCUGCUGCGCACAGACAAAGUGCAGGAGGAUGAGGAGGACCCGGACAUUGAUAUGGAGCUGCUCGAGCAGGAUGGUGACUCGAAGCGCAUUAUUAAAAUGAAACAGGAUGCACAGGAGGUGGCACGCUUGCGCACUCUCUUCAAGGGUCUGAAGUUCUACAUAAAUCGCGAGGUACCACGCGAGCCACUGGUUAUUAUCAUACGCUCCUUUGGCGGCAAAGUGUCAUGGGACUCCACCGUCUUUGCCGGCGCCACCUUCGACGAAGCCGAUGAGACCAUCACACAUCAGAUUGUGGACAGGCCCAGCUUAACGAAACAGUACAUCUCCAGAGACUACAUUCAGCCGCAAUGGAUAUUCGAUUGUGUAAAUCAGCGCCAGCUACUGCCCACAAAUAAAUAUUUCAUGGGCGAGGUUCUGCCGCCACAUUUGUCGCCAUUCGUCGAUGCCAAGCGCGAUGCUUACAUACCGCCCGAGGAGAGGGCCUUGCACGAUCCAUCACUCAUCGAGACACAUGCACAAAGUGACGAUGAAUCUGAGGAAGAAGCUGCCGAUGAGCAGGCAGAACAGAUGCUGCUUGAUGCACAGCUUGAACGCGCCUUUCACGAUGAGAAUAUCGAGGAUAAGAAGUACGGUGGUCGCGAUGGUGUCAGUAAAGAAGACGAAGAAGUGCCCUCCGAUGAAGAUGAGGAUGACGAGGAGGCAGAAGACGAUGAGGAAGAAGAGUUGGACCCAAAAACAAAGCGAAAACUGGAAGAACAACAGAAAAUGUCCGUUCAAUCGGGCAAGGUCCAUAAGGUGAACAAACGCCAGGUGCACAAGGCGGAGGUGGACGAGCAUCGCUUGCAGGCUCGAAUGGUGAAGCCGCGCCAUCGCGAUCUCUUCCGAAAGCUGAUACGCGAAAAACAGUCCAAGGAGAAGGAGGAAUGGCUGUUGCGGAAGAAGCGUCGCAACAUCGAAGCCACCGCCAAGGAGGCCAAGAAGACGGCAAAGCGUGAGGCACGUAAGGCGGCGGCUACCGCUGCUGCAUCGGCAGCCAAACUUAGCAGCAAAUAGGCGUCCUAUUCCUAUAAGUCUAAGCCUACGUUUAAAGUUCUUUGCAAUAAAAAUGAAAUUGAAAGAAA